CUCCACUUAUCUUUAUGACACUUGCAGCAUUCCCCUGCAAAGCAGCAAAAGUGCACUACGACAUCAUAGGAAGUAUUUGUCAUGGCUGAUGAACCAGGCCGAGGAGACAGCAGUUCUUCAACAGGUACUGUAGCCUUCACAGCCAAGCUGAAUAUCGAUGACAGCUACCCAAAAUACCGUGGAGUCCUCAAGUUUGCCACCGUGCUGGUCAACGAGGGAGGAGGCUACAGUCCUGGCACAGGCAUCUUCACCUGCCCCAUGGAUGGCUUCUAUCACUUCACUGUGUAUGUGUCUGUGUAUGGGUGUGGACAGUGUGGUAUAAACAAAAAUGGAGAGAAGGUGGUGUCUCUGUAUCACACCACUCUGCAUGAUAAGCGUAGCCAAGUGGCAAGUAUGGGCAGUGUGAUAAAGCUGUCUAAGAACGACAAGGUCUAUGUGCAACUCUGGGGGGCUGACAGAAACGAUAUCUUUGCAACUGAGGAUAAUGACACUGUCUUUGUAGGGGUUAGUUUGGGCUAAUGACAACAUCAAAAUGUCAAUAAAGUUUUUGAUUGGGCUGAUGAGCCAGUA